CGCCCGCCCUCCACUCGGUGUUUGCCAGUAAUCGAGGGCCGGCGUGGGUUGGCAAUGCCGUGGAGGUAGCGGGGAGCGGGGCUGAGUUUUCCCGUUGCGAGGGAGGGCCGGGCGGCGGGCGAGGUCUAGGCCUCGGCCUCGGGCCGGGUCAUGGCCGUCUCGGAGGCGCUGAAGCUGCGCGGCAGCGGGCGCCUGGUGCUCGGGCUGCUGGUCAACCUGGCCUCGUCCAUCUGCAUCGUCCUGGUGAACAAGUGGAUCUACGUGCAGUACGGCUUCCCCAACAUGAGCCUGACCCUGGUGCACUUUGUCAUGACCGCCCUGGGGCUGUGGCUCUGCCAGGCGCUCGGCCUCUUCUGCCCCAAGAGCCUGCGGCCCAGCAGGGUCCUGCUGCUGGCGCUCAGCUUCUGCGGCUUCGUUGUCUUCACCAACCUGUCCCUGCAGAACAACACCAUCGGCACCUACCAGCUGGCAAAGGCCAUGACCACGCCGGUCAUCAUUGGCAUCCAGACCUUCUACUACAAGAAAACUUUCUCCACCAAGAUAAAGCUGACACUGAUCCCUAUUACGUUGGGUGUAGUUCUGAACUCUUACUUUGACGUGCAAUUUAAUUUUCUGGGAAUACUAUUUGCAACUCUUGGUAUUUUGGUUACUUCUCUGUAUCAAGUGUGGGUAGGAGCCAAACAACAUGAACUACAAGUGAACUCUAUGCAGCUCCUAUAUUACCAGGCUCCGAUGUCCUCUGCCAUUCUUAUGUUUGUUGUUCCCUUUUUUGAACCAGUGAUUGGAGACGGGGGAAUUUUUGGAAAUUGGUCCACUACAGCAUUGGUGAUGGUAGUGUUUUCUGGAAUAAUUGCCUUUUUGGUGAAUUUGUCCAUUUACUGGAUCAUUGGAAAUACCUCGCCUGUUACAUAUAAUAUGUUUGGACAUUUCAAGUUCUGUAUCACCCUCCUUGGAGGAUACAUUUUGUUUAAAGACCCUCUUUCAAUUAAUCAAGGUCUAGGAAUUCUGUGUACAUUGUUUGGCAUUUUAUUUUACACCCAUUUCAAACUUGGUGAGCAGGAAGAAGAAAAGAGCAAGUUGACACAAAGACCAUAAGAAACUACUUCUAGUGCAUAUAAUGUUUAUAAUGUGCUGCUAGUUAUCUACAGUGCAUUCCGAAAGUAUUCAGACCUCUUCAAUUUUUCCCAUUUUGUUACGUUACAGCCUUAUUCUAAAAUGGAUUAAAUGUAUUUUUUUAAUCACCAAUCUACACACAAUAGCCCAUAAUAAACAAGUGAAAACACGUGUUUAGAAAUGUUUGCAAAGAAAUAACUGAAAUAUCACAUUUACGUAAGUAUCAGACCCUUUGCUCAGUACUUUGUGAGGCACCUUUGGCAGUGAUUACAGCUUCAAGUCUUCUUGGGUAUGACACUACAAGCUUGGCACACCUGUAUUUGGAUAGUUUCUCCCAUUUUUCUCUGCAGAUCCUCUCAAGCUGUCAGGUUGGAUGGGGAGUGUUGAUGCACAGCUAUUUUCAGGUCUCUCCAGAGAUGUUCGAUCGGGUUCAAGUUUGGGCUCUGGCUGGGUCACUCAAGUACAUUCGGACUUGUCACGAAGCCACUCCUGCGCUGUCUUGGCUGUGUGCUUGGGGUUGUUGUCAUGUUGGAAGGUGAACCUCCGCCCCAGUCUGAGGACUAGAAUGUUCUGGAGCAGGUUUUCAUCAAGGAUCUCUCUGUACUUUGCUCUGUUCAUCUUUCCCUUGAUCCUGACUAGUCUCCCAGUUCCUGCCGCUGAAAAACAUCCCCAUCACCAUGCCUCACCGUAGGUCUAGUAUUGGCCAGGUGAUGAGCGGUGCCUGGUUUCCUCCAGACGUGACGCUUGGCAUUCAGGCCAAAGAGUUCAAUCUUGGUUUCAUCAGCCCAGAAAAUCGUGUUUCUCAUGAUCUGAGAGUCCUUUAGGUGUCUUUCUGCAAACUCCAAGCGGGCUGUCGUGUGCCUUUUACUGAGAAGUGAUUUCCGUCUGGCCACUCUACCAUAAAGGCCUGCUUGGUGGAAUGCUACAGAUAUAAUUGUCCUUCUGGAAGUUUCUCCCAUCUCCACAGAGGAACACUGGAGCUCUGUCAGAGUGACCAUCGGGUUCUUGGUCACCUCCCUGACCAAGCCCCUUCUCCCCCAAUUGCUCAGUUUGGCCGGGCGGCCAGCUCUAUGAAGAGUCCUGGUGGUUCCAAAGUUCUUCCAUUUAAGAAUGACGGAGGCCUGUGUGUUCUUCGGGACCUGCAAUGCUGCAGAAAUUUUUUAUACCCUUCUCCAGAUCUGUGUCUCGACACAAUGCUGUCACGGAAGUCUACGGACAAUUCCUUUGUCUUCAUGGCUUGGUUUUCGCUUUGACAUGCACUAUCAACUGUGGGUCCUUAUAUAGACAGGUGUGUGCCUUUCCAAAUCAUGUCCAAUCAAUUUAAUUUACCACUGGUGGACUCCAAUCAAGUUGUAGAAACAUCUCAAGGAUAAUCAAUGGAAACAGGAUGAACCUAAGAUUAAUUUUGAGUGUUAUAGCAAAGGGUCUGAAUACUAUAAAUGUGAUAUUUCAGUUAUUUCUUUUUAAUCAGUUUUAAAACAAGUGUGUAACGUAACAAAAUGUAGAAAAAAGUGAGGCGGGCUGAAUACUUCCUGAAUGCACUGUAGAUCUGAUUUUAGGUACUUGGUUAGUAUUAUUACAUCAUAGAUAAAGUGGAGAGAUUAGCAAUUAAAUAGCAUAUUUUUGAAUCACAGAAAGAGUCCACUUUUCAAUGAAAUUUGUCAAUUUUCAUGUGCCAUCAUUGAUUUCCAUUGUUACCCAAUUUUAGAAAUGAUCUUUACUGAUAGUCUAAAUAAACUGGACGCUGCAGGACGUUUUUAUAAUCAUAGAAAUUUAUGGAACAGUUCGCCAUUAGGCCCAUAAUGUCAAUGCCAAACAAAAUUAGUGCCAUUUAGUUUAGUCCCAAUUCAAAGCUCUGUCUCUCACCUGGUGAGAGAUCUUUCUGAGUACUCAAACAGGUACUUUUCCAAAAUGAAUUUCUGCCUCCGGGUAGAGAGUUUCAGGACUCAUUAUUUUUUCUCAAUUCCUGCUUCUAGUCCUGCUAAUAUACUAAAUAUAUGACACUUUGCUAUUAUCUUCUGCUUUGUCAACGGAAAUUGCUUCUUGCCCAGGCCUCAUAAAAUUUAAUCAGCUCCAUUAAAAUCAACUACCCUUCACUUUUAUUCCAAAUAAAACAACCUAGCCAGUCUCUUCUAUGAACUCUUAUUCUCCCCCCCCCCCCCCCCCCCCCCCCCCUCAAACCAAGUCUAGCAAAUAUGUCCUAUGAUCUGGUGGACACAGCCAUACGUGGUAUUCUGGCUGUGGCCUAACUAAUGCUUUAUGCAGUUCCACAGUGCAGUCUAUUUUGAAGAGUAUUAAUGAUACCUUUAUUAAGGGGCAAAAAUCCAAGAUUGUUUUGUCCCAUCUGUUUACUUGGUUUGUACUGUCCAUUCUUUAAUCUCUGGAAAAAUAUUGCAUUCUAUCUAUCGAGCCAGUAAUUAUCUUCGAAUGCUCUUUAAAUCUACUAAAUUGAUUAAUUGUAAACCAACAUCAGAGAAAAUUGCAAACAAAUUUACUCUCCAUGAAAUAGGAGAAGUUUAGAUACUUCAUUAAAACAAUUGAAUUUAUUUCUUAUUACCAGUCCAUCAUCUUCCACAAGCACUAUUGGUUCUGUACUGACCAAACAGAAUCAUAUUUCCUAACUUUACAGCUUUAAUAAAGCUGUUUGUGAACAUUUGAAAUGUUUUUUUCAAUGCUGUGUGCUACUAAACUGAUAAACCCAAUGGAGAAAACUGCAAUUUUGUGUAAAAUGGAAGCUAUUAUGUGAAGAUGACCGUUUGUAAUGUAUUGCAUACUUUAACUGUGAUAUGCUUAAAUGAAAAUGUAGGCUUCAAGCCUGUGAUGUUUACAAUGUCUAAAAUAUUAUAUUCCUACAAAGUGA